AUGUGCAACGCCGCGCAAGGAGACCCGGCCGCGGCCCCAGCCGCAAACGAGACCGUGAUUUUCGUGAUACCUCCCGACCGCGGGCACUUUGACUACACGGUCUUCAUCGCGGAGCGGCUCCACGGGCGCGGGUACGCCGUCGAAUACUGGUCGCCGAGCACAGCAGGGCCAAACGUACCCGCCUUCGCCUCGUUUCACCCCUUGCACGAGGCGGGCGACGACCGCUUCGACCGCUUCACGAGAGCCUACUGCACAGCGAGUGCGGCUAGCGGAGACACCUAUGAGGAGUCGCAGGGAAACAGCCGUGAGCGGCUGGAGGAGAACCUCGCUGCUACGUUCGAGGAUCCUGCGGCAGCCCUGCAUGGACUGCAAGGAACACGAGAGGCCCUGAUCGGAAUGAAGCAGCGCGUGCUCCAGAAGGAUGUGGCGCUGUGCGUCUACGACGGCGUCCACGUAUACUCUUGGAUGGGCGGGUUUUGUGCCGACCACGGCGUUCCGUCGCUGGCUCUCUGCCCGUCGCAGAUUUAUGUUCGGAAUCCAGAGGCGCAGGGGACGUUUUUGCCGAGCAACUUGACAGACGAGCCGGAGUACAGCCCGGUACGCGAGGACCUGGCGGCGGUCCCGCACCCCGUCCUCUACACUCUCCUGCCAGACCUCCUCGAGGGCUGCGAGAUCCCUGAAGGCCGGCGAAACGUCGGUCCUGUGCUGCCUAGUGACUUUGGCGUGACCGAGGCGCAGGCGGAGCGUUUUGUGGCAGGCGGGCUGCAGGCUUGGUGCGACGCCGAGGUCUCUCCCAUCGUCUACGUCAGCCUGGGGUCCAUGAUCCGGAGCGGACCUUUGGCGGCCAACAUCGCCAAGCGCUUGCUCCAGGCGAUCGCGGAGGGGCCAUGGCGGGUCCUGAUGGCCGUCGCACCGGAGCUCGUUGAGGGCUGCAUCGAUUCAUUGCCGCCAGGACGCGCCCGCGCAGAGGCGUGGGUGCCGCAGUCGGCGGUCCUGGCCCACCCCGCGGUCCAGGCCUUCGUCUCGCAUUGCGGAGCGACAUCCGUAAACGAGGCGGUGCUGCACGCGGUGCCAGUCAUCUGCGUCCCCUUCUUCGACGACCAGUUCUUCAACGCCGCCUCGGCAGUGGCCUCCGGGUUUGGGGUAGCACAGCUGCCCAAGCACAGCUUCACUGCGGAGGCCGUCUGCUCUGCCGUCCGCACCGCGGUGGAGAGCGAGGGUGCGCGGGCCAGCGUGCUGGCAGCCUCGGAGCGGCUGCGCGGCAUGCGCGGCCUCGCCGAGGUGGUGGCGGAGGCGGAGGCAGCCAUCGAGGCAGCGCAUGCCGUGCGGUGA